GGUAGAGGAUGGGGAAUCAAUCUUAACACGGAGGCAUCCAGGAAACGCCCCUAUGUGUGUAUGUCCGCAGCAAUCGCGCCGGCAGAUGUUGGGUUUCUUAUCCGGUUUCUGCGUUUGGGAGUGCUACCUAGGAGCCAGACACCGCUAUCACACUCUCUCGAAUCUCCGGCAGCCGCGGCGACAAUAUGGAUGACCCACCCGUGUCCCCGACCGUCCCAGGGCCGACUCGACGGACACGCUUCGUCUGCAUAUCGGACACGCACAACUGCACAGUGAAACUUCCAAAGGGGGAUGUUCUCGUCCACUGCGGGGACCUCACAAACCAAGGGAGCUUCCAGGAACUCAAAAAGCAGGUGGCCUGGCUCGAGAGCGCCGACUUCGAGUGCAAGAUCGUUGUUGGCGGGAAUCACGACCUCACUCUCGAUGCCGAGUUUUUCGAGCGACACGCCGACUAUUUCCGACAGGUUUCCCCGCAGAAAAGCCAUACCGACUAUCAGAACAUCCUCACCCAGUCCAACUCUCUCCUCUACCUCGUGCACGAGAGUCGAACCAUCAAGCUCACCUCCUCAGCGGGUCCACGGACCACCUUCAGCGUAUUCGGUUCCCCUUACACCCCCGCGUACGGCUCAUGGGCCUUCCAGUACUCCCGCUCGGAUCUCAAUGCCGGGGAGAAGGUAUGGAAGGAUAUCCCGCUGAAUACUGAUAUCCUCAUCACACAUGGGCCACCCCGCACCCACAAUGAUCGGACCCUGCUCGGCGACACGGCUGGGUGCGAAAUCCUGCGUCAAGCAAUGUGGCGAGUGCGUCCACGCAUCGCACUGUGCGGCCAUAUACAUGAGGCGCGGGGCGUGGAACGCGUACGCUGGGACCUAUCGGGCGAGAGCGUUCGGUACAAGGAGCUGGCCAAAUCUUACCAGUGGGAGGAUCCAGGCGUAGGGAACGAGAAGAACAGCCUAGUCGACCUCACAUCCAGGAGGGGGGCGCCGUUAGACAACGACGGUGGUAUGGUACUAGUAGACGGGCCUGUGAUCGAGUCGACCACAGGCAAUGACGCCACUACGAUCGCGUCGGGAACCAGCGCCCAGAACCUCACCGAAAACGCGGCACCCACACGGGGCGACGGGGCGAGGCUACCCGAACGGCUCGGGCGAAGAGAGACGUGCAUCGUAAACUGCGCCAUCCAGGCAACAAGCUAUCCGCACUCGGGGCCGCGGCGAUUGCACAAGCCCAUCGUGAUCGACAUUGACCUACCGGUCUGGGGCCAUAACCCCUAGCCGCUCCCACUACACCGAAUCUCCCUCUGAUCGGUGUCGGUUUUGCUGCCUUCGACGCCGACGAAAUAGAAAAGGAGCCCUCGCUCAACCAAUAGGAAGGGAAACUAGGUGUUGCGAGCAGAAAUCCGAAUCGCGGGUUCGCCAGUAAAAACGACAGUACAA